GCACUGCCCGAGGGCCCCGGGUCAGUAGGGGGCCCCAUGAGAUGCCCCUGGUACCUUUUUCAUAGGCUUUUUUGAGUUUGGGCAAGGACACAGGGGCCCUAUGAUCCCCUAUUGCCCGGGGGCCCCAUGAGUUGUCAGUCUGCCCCUGGACCAGACUAUACUUCUACAGGCCACAGGGAAGAGUAAGGGAUGGCCACUCCCUCCCCCCACCACCACUCACCUCUCCCAUUACCCCACCCCUUCCCAUCACACCCACCCCCCCCUUUUUUCCCUUUUUUUACAUUUUUUGUAAUUCCACUAUGGACCACAUGCUAU